AGCUGGUAACAUUAUAAUAAAUGUGACAGCUAAAGAAAAUUGGAACUGGAAAUUGAAAAUGAUUUUGACAUUGACAUGAAAAACUGAAAAGUUUAUUUAUUCGUCAGGUUCAGACUGGUUCUAAAGUAGUAUGUAAUUAUUUACGUUUCAGUUCCAAAAUUUUCUUCAAAAAUUUGCUGUAAUUUUACGAAACGACUUUAAAAUUCAACCGAGAGAUAUUAAUUAUUCAGACUAAUUUAUAAUUAUUAUAAUAAAAUAGUUAAAUUCAAAUGGCAGCUCCUAUUGUGCCCAAUAAGUUUAUUCUUGAAGAAAUCAAUUAUUUCCCAUCAGUGGUAAACGGAAAAUUACAUUUUAUAGGAUUUAUAAAAGCAUCAUCGGAUCUUUUGAUUUUAAUUGAUCGGCUUGGAAAAAUAUUUACUCCAGUAAAGCAUGACAUACAAGGGAAUAUUGAUAAAAUAAAAAAAUAUUACAAGUAUGAUGAGAACUCCUGUUUGCUUGACUUAAUGCUUGAAGAGGUAAAAAAUGGGAAACCUUUGGGUGCAGAAGGUGUUCUUUGGCUUAACAGAGCAUUAUUAUUUUUUGAGCUGACAUUUCAUGGAAUCUUGGAUAAUUUAAAAUCAGACCCAAAUGAAGUGAAUAUGAAGAAAGUAUAUAUGUCAGCUUACGAAGGCUCUGUUAAAAAAUAUCAUGGUUGGAUGACACAACAACUCUUUAAUACCAUGUGCAAGAUGGCGCCAACAUUACCACAAAUUUUAAAAUCAUUCGAAGUUGAAAAUAAUAUAAAUGUCUUUGAAUCAAAAUUGGCCAUUUUUAAUGAAGCUUUACAUUUAGUGAGAUGGGAAAUUGACAAGUUCUUUGAAGAUAACAAUUUAUUUACUAAUAAUUUUGUUCCAUAAUACAAAGUAUUACACCAAAAAAUAUUGUAAUUAGGAAAAUAAUUUGCCUAAGAUUCUACCAUAGGUGCUGUGUGAAAAUUACUUAAUGGGGCUAUUAUAAAGUAUUAAAA